AAAAAAAACAACUUACAAAGCCCUAUUUAGUAAUUUCAUAAUUCAAGUUCUCUGUCAAAAGUGUAAAAGUAAUAUAUAAUUACAGAGAGAAUCACUGACACACAGAAAAUAUAAAUUGGUAUAAAUGUGGCCAAAUAAAUCAAAUAUUAACAAGUUUAGAGAGGAAGUAAAAACAGAUGGAGGGAGAUAGUGGUAUUGUGCAGAAUAAUGAAAUCAGCCAAGAAGAACACAAGAAGAUUAAGCAAAUCAGGGAUAUAGUCGAAAAGCAAGAUCCCACCUCCAAGGAGUAUGAUGAUUUGACAAUCAGAAGGUUUCUUCGUGCUCAAGAUCUGGAUAUAGACAAAGCCUCUGCUAUGUUUUUAAAGUUUGUUAAAUGGAGAAAAACAUUUGUUCCAAAUGGUUCAAUUUCUGUAUCUGAAAUCCCAAAUGAAUUAGCACAAAACAAAUUGUUCAUGCAAGGAACAGAUAGAAGUGGACGCUUGAUUACACUUGUGUUUGGUGGCAGACAUUACCAAAAUAAAAUAGGAGGUCUAGAGGAAUUCAAGCGUUUUGUGACCUUCACUUUUGAAAGAAUAACUUCAAGGAUGCCAGCUGGACAGGAAAAGUUUGUUGCUAUUGCAGAUGUUGAAGGAUGGGGAUAUUCAAACAGUGAUAUACGCGCAUAUCUUGCCUCCAUCUCUAUUUUGCAGGAGUAUUAUCCAGAAAGACUUGGAAAAAUGUUUUUUCUGCAUGUUCCUUACAUAUUUAUGGCAGCAUGGAAGAUGAUUUAUCCUUUUAUCGAUAAAAAAACAAGGGAAAAGAUCAUAUUUGUUGAAAAUAAGGAGCUGAAGCCAACACUUUUGAAAGACAUUGAUGAGAGUCAACUUCCAGAAAUUUAUGGAGGCAAACUGAAAUUAGUUCCCAUUCAAGAUAGUUAAUUAAUUAUCUAAAAUGCUAUGAAAAUUGUUGUAAUGUAAGUAACAAAUAUUCAUAAUAACUUACCAGUUACCAAUAAUCGCCACAUGUACAAACACCAUCUUCUAUGUGGUGAAAGCGGGCCCUGUCCCUUACAAUAAUUACCCUUUUCAAUACUUUAGAAACCAAUUUCAGCCAAGAGUGACAAUCAAGACAUGUUCUUAAAUUCUUUGAAACCCUAAUUUCAGAUCCAGGGGUUGAUUUUAGUAUCCCAUAAGCCAAUGCCAACUUUUCACUAUGAUAAUUCAGAUUCUCUUCCUUUUCCUCUUCAGAUAUAUCCAUUAAAACCAAUUCUGUAACAGGAACAUAUCCUUCAUGUCUAAUACGCCCGAUCAAUGCUUCUAGAACCUUGUAGAUUGAUUCCGUUUCACAAUGUGAUUUAUCUCCUGCUUUAAAUUGAUGAAUGACUCCAUUAACUUCAAUCCAACUUUUUCCCUUACUUUUAUUAACACCAUUCCUUUUCAUCAUACUCCUCAC